CGUAAGAUCGUAAAGAUCCGAGGAUCGUGCAUCACUAAGAAUCGAUGAAAUAUUAAAUAUAUAUGAAAAAAGUUUUAUUUAUUGUAGGACUUAUUUUAGAGAGCUGUAAUUAAUGUAUACUGCGUACUGACUACUGACUACUGAGUACUGUCUCGUGGUCUGUUCAGUGUAAGCGGCUACAUUAUUUUGUUGUGUUCAUAACCAAACAGGAAGUGAUUUUUCUAAUUUUUUAUUGUUUAGGGAAUUUUUAACAGUUACUUAGUGUUUCUGCAGUUUAUAAACAGUUUAAUUUGUUGGCACUUGGUGUGUCUUUCUGUCAUUAAAGGGGGAGACGGCAUCUUAAAUUUAACAUGGCAUUGGUGGAUCACACAAAAAUUCUUGAAUUUUUAGAAUUAGUUGGUCGCCUUAAGCACAUCAAGAGAACAGGAUGGAUAUUGUGUGAUAUAAAUGAUUGUGAAACAAUUGCUGGUCACAUGUAUAGAAUGGGUCUUAUGACAUUUCUGCUUACUGAAGAAAACAAUCCAACAAAAUUGGACCGCUCUAAAUGUCUUGAAAUAGCUCUAGUCCAUGAUUUGGCUGAAUGUAUAGUUGGGGAUCUGACACCCCACUGUGGGGUGCCCCCAGAUGAAAAGCACAGGAGAGAGACUGAGGCUAUGAAGAAAAUAGCAGAAUUAACAGGAAUUGCUGGAGACAGAAUGUAUAAUCUAUAUAUGGAGUAUGAAAGCCAAAGCUCACCUGAAGCAAACUUUGCCAAAGAUUUGGAUAGAUAUGAUAUGAUCCUUCAAGCAUUUGAAUAUGAAAAAAGGGAAAAUUUACCUAAACAUUUGGAGGAAUUUUUCACAGCAACAUAUGGAAAAUUCAAGCAUCCAUUUAUUCAAGAUUUGGCCAAAGAACUAUAUAGACAGAGAGAAGAUUUUGAAAAAAAUGCUUUAGUAAAUGGCAAAACUUAAUUGAAUUAGUUAACAUAACAUUAUAUUUUGUUAGUGGUGUUUUUAAUAAUAGGUUGCAAAUUAAUAUAAGUUAAAUGUUACCAAGUGCUACUCAGAAGCACAAAACUGCAUUGCUAAAAAGGUUAUAUUUUGUUUAUACUUGUUAUUUUUGUUAUAGUAUAUGUAUUUUAUAGAUUAAUUUUUGUUUCUCAGCAAGCGUUUAGCAUAGCCUUAAUAAUAAAUUGCUAUAUUUCAUAAGAUUCCAAUGAUGAUGACCGAAUGUGCUAAAACCUUUAAUGAAACUGUCAUAAGAUCUGCAGCAGAUCCAGGAAAAGCAAGUUCCAAACAUAAUAAUUUAAUAGUUUAAUGGGGAAAAUCUUAAGUGUUGUUGGUUGAAGUAUAUUUUAAUUUUUUUAAAUUAAUAGAAUGAGUUGACAUAGGUUUCUACUAUUUUUGCAUAAUUUGUGUGAAGUGUUCUAAACUUUAAGCUAUUUAUUUGUACCUAUCAAUUAAUGGCAUUUUAAAAAAAUGCUAUCAACAAAUUUAUUAAGUACUACUAACAAAAUUAAUUGUAUACCGUUACCAUAAAUAGGUCUCAAUUGCAUAUUUUUAACUAAAGUACUCAUUUGUCUCUUCAUCUAAGCAUAAACAAUAUUACAUAGACAGUUUAAUUAAGUUUCUAUGAGUAAAGGGGUCAUUAAUUUGUAACCAUUAAUCGAGAAACGCUCAGCCAUGGGCCAACACUAGGUCUAAGUUUGUUUACAAGUCACAUACAAAAUUUUGUUACUGUUUUUUUAAGCUAUAUUGAAUACAAACUUUGAUGUGCUUAUUACAUAUUUAUUUCAGUCUUACAGGCAGGUAGGUGUAAUUUGUCAUUACUAUUGUUUUAGAAAUAUUCUCUAUUAAAUUCUUUUAAAAUGGCCUAAACAAGGUUUGUUGUCCAUACAUUUUUAUUUUAUAGGUAAUAAAAUACUUUUUUAA